AUGACUCACGGUGACACUAGCGUCUUUGCGCGGGCAACACAGCAAACGAGGGAUACAUUUUUGCGUGGUGGUACUGCUAGCCAGCGGUUUCUGCAGCGAUAUCGCAAGUACCCCUACCCAGUGCGCAUGGCAGGACUUUUUUUGCUUGGCUUUGCUCUUGGUGGUGUGAUUGAGACAUUUGCGUGCAAGACACACAUGUACGAGAGUGUUAUGGCGAAGAAGGACAUGCGUCGACAUGAAUUUGAUGAGUUUGUUGCCGACUUUCGGGAGAAUAUGGAACGAUGGCAGCGGCAGGAUAUGAUGCAACGACGGGUAUAA